UCCCACAUGCUCCAACCCUUCCUCCUCCUCCUCCUCCUCAUCCGGGGAGCGGCCCCAGAGGGAGGAGGCUCCGUGGCGUGCCGGGACAGCUCCGGGAGCAGGGAACACCAUGGCGGAGCGGCUGUCGGAGGAGCAGAUUGCCGAGUUCAAGGAAGCUUUCUCCCUGUUUGACCGGGAUGGGGACGGCUGCAUCACCACCAAGGAGCUGGGCACCGUCAUGCGGUCCCUGGGGCAGAACCCCACCGAGGCCGAGCUGCAGGACAUGGUGGGAGAGGUGGAUGCCGACGGCAGCGGCACCAUUGACUUCCCUGAGUUCCUGUCGCUGAUGGCGAGGAAGAUGAGGGACACGGAUAGCGAGGAAGAGAUCCGGGAGGCUUUCCGUGUGUUUGAUAAGGAUGGCAAUGGGUACAUCAGUGCGGCGGAGCUGAGGCACGUCAUGACCAACCUGGGUGAGAAGCUGACGGACGAGGAGGUGGAUGAGAUGAUCAAGGAGGCCGAUUGCAACAACGAUGGGCAGGUCAACUAUGAGGAGUUCGUGCGGAUGAUGACGGAGAAGUGAGGUCCCAUUGCCAGCAACAGCCGCCAGCCCCAUCGCACAGGGAACAGAGGCUUUGGUGGUCUCCCAACCUUUCCAUCCCCUAUUGCCUUCACUCCACCAUCCAGGGCUUGGAAAACUCAUCACCAGCCAGUGCCUGCAUCGGAUGCAGGCAUCCCACCUGGCAGGAUGGGGCUUGGGGUGCAGAUGGACACAGGGGGCUCCCCAUGGGAUGCACCUCUUGUGUCUGUAGAGGUUCUGGUGGACACCACACUGAGUCCAAUAAAGAAAUGUCCCCCCCUA